AUGGAUUUGAUUGCGCUCUCUAUCGCGGAGCUUUCUUAUCAGGCGAGCCGGGGAGCGCAGCGAACAGCCCGGCCCGCUAGAUUAGCGCAAUCAGCGCUCCUAUUGCGCCGCCGGCUGGCCGCUCGGUGCCGGAGAGGCGGCGGUGCUGGUGCAGCCCCUCCCGACACCCCGCCGAACAGGCGGCCGGAAUCGGGCCGAGGAGGAGGGAGCGCUGGGGGGCUGCUGUGCGAUUCAUCUCGGCCGAGGGUUGUCGGGGAGCUGGAGCCUAUUCCAGCAAGCAGCGGGCAUAAUGCAGGGUACAACCUCGAUGAGACGCCAGUCCCUCACAGGGCACACAGACACACCAGGGCCGAUUUUCUCAGAAGCCCAGUAAGCUACCGCGGGGAAGAAAGCGUGGCGGGGCGCUGUGAGCUGGAGCACAUCUCCAAGACCGCGUCCGAAGGGCUCCCUGAUAUCGCACCAGGAGCGGGCCGAGCCGCUGCUCUCCGUACCCGGCCUGCCUUCCAAAGACAGCUCAGGCCUCGCUGUGGGGCGCAGUGGCCUCAGGGCUCCAGCACUGUCUGGGGCUGCUGUGGGAGAGAGAUCCUGGAGCGCCGCUGCCGUGCUGAACUGUGUGCGCUCCAGGAGCGGGCUGAUCUUCUAGCACCGGGCCGCGGGGCUGCGAGGCUCUCCACCAGACAACCGGCGAGGGGAGGGGAGCCGCCGCCUCGGGCACAGGGCAGUCUCAGCGACGGCCUUCCUCUUCCAUAGCUUCCUCCUGAUAAGACCUUGUAAACCGAGGAUUAGAGCCGGGGGGGAGGGGAGGGAAGGAGCAGAAUUAGCUGCUAUUGUCAUGCUAAUGGCAGCGACAUUUUUCACUUUCGUCAGACACGGGCACCGUAUUGUGCGGCAAAGGGGAAUGCAAUUUCUUGGCUCCUCGUGAUUGUAAGGGGGAUGACAAUUAGAAACCUCUUUGAAAACGCGUGUCUCUAAAUGGCUUUCCAUUCGCACAAGGAGAGGGGGCCGUGAACCAAUUAAUUUGUGCAUAGAUGUGGUGCUCUUAGGAAGAGCAGAGUCCUGUUAUUUAAAAACCUCAUGUUGUUAAUUUAACAUGUGCCACAUUCAUGCAGUCACACAUUCAGUGCCUCCUCAUUCACCUUGAACACCACUCUGCCAGAUUGUGGCCUUUUUCUUCAGGUCUUCAUUUGAUUAGAGCAGACUCAACACAAACUUCUCUCAGCCCCCGGCAGGAAUCGUCUGUUGUGUGCUAAGAAGAACUUCAGAUCAUCUCCCCCCGCCCCGUACAUCAUCGACACGCAGAUUUGCACACCGGUGCCGCUCACUCUCACCACAAGGAGAAGCUGGGGCAGGACUGGCAUGUCAUGAGGCCACGUCUCGG